AUGAGGUGGGAGUACUCCUCUCGAUACGUUUCAGCUAAACCAGUCAUGCUAAAAUUGCCUAACACACUCUUGGGGAGACGAGUCCUGGGUGCUACGGAAUCUGAGCCGACAUGGCGGAGUGUCUUCAAGUUAGAAGACCAGCCGGGGCUAGGGGAUCACCACAUACAGAAUCAGCCCGUUAUCCCUACUGCUAUGUUCUGCGUCAUGGCCCUUGCGGCGGCGAUGGAUAUCAGCAAUGGUAAACAAGCAGACAGCAUCGAGCUCUCUGACGUUACCUUCGGACCACCGAUCGUACUAGAAUCAUCUUUAGUGGAGAUCGAGACGUCUCUCUCUAUAGGCAGUCUCAUCGACUCUGCUAAUGAUGGAAUUGACGCCAUCCAGGCAGAGUUCAGUCUUAAUGGGAGCGUCGCGCAGAACGUAACCACGGCCACUAUUGCGAAGGGAAGGUUACGUAUGACUUUCGCAGACGACGAGUUAGAAUUAUUAUCCUCCUCCAGACCACCCAGGCCGUGUGGGUUGAGACCUGUGAACAUCAAGCAAUUUUACGAUUCCCUGAGCGAAGUAGGCCUGAGCUAUAGUGGACCUUUGAGAGCUUUGACUUCUGCUUCGAGGCGUAUGAAUUAUGCAUCCGCUGUCGUCGCGCCGACGACCCAGGAAGUAGCAAGUAUAUCAGCUCUACUCCACCUAGCGAGGCUGGAGGCCUGCUUCCAAACGCUUUUACUUGCCUUUGCAGCCCCUCGGGACGGUUCAUUGUGGACGACCUUCACGCCUACAAAAAUCAGGCGUCUGGCAUUAUUUCCGAAUUCAUUCUUCGGCCUCGAUACACAAGCAUCAGUAUCUGUCGAGGCCCACCUACGGGAAUAUACUGUAGGGUAUAAAUCGGAGUUACCAAAGAUUAAUGGAGACGUCAACGUCUACAGUUCAGAGACUGGGCAGUUACAAUUCCGCCUCGAAAGUGUCACCAUGACUCCCAUAAGUCCUUCUACCGAGAGGCAGGACAAACUACUCUACUUAAAAAAGAUAUGGCGACCAGACAUCCUCUCGGGAGCAGUGCUCGAGCAAGUGGAUCAUAUUUCCUUUUACGAGCGCCUUGGGCUGUCGCAGGCUCACAAGUAUAUACUGGCGGCAACCAGACUGGCCUCGCAUCGCUAUGCGAAAUUAAAAAUUCUCCAGAUUGGAACCUCUUCCACCAACUUUGUACACGCUUUAUGUCAGGAGCUGGGAAAUUUCAUGGGCUCAUACACGAUUGCGGAUGCAUCGGACAAGGGCAUAGAAGAUAUGAGGCGAGAGACGAUAUCAGGCGACACAGCUAUCAACUUCGUGGUCCUCGACAUUCUAAGGGGUAUUGGAACGUUGGACGAAGUAACGGCCAACAGCUUAGUCGACGUGAGCUCUUUCGACUUGGUAAUUCCUCUGAAGGUCUCCACAGAGGAGUCUGCUACUUUGAAAUCCAUAAGAGGCCUCUUAAAGCCAGGGGGCUUUCUACUGAUGAAGAUGAUGGGAACAGAGGCCAUUCCGCCGGAAGCAACAGACACUACCCGCAAGGAAAUACACCACACGUUGCAAAGGGUUGGGUUUUCUGGUGUUGAUAUGUGGGGCAAGGAUCCAGAAGAGCAAUCACCAUUUGUCAUCUUGUCACAGGCCGUCGAUGAUCAAGUCAACUUUCUCAAAAGUCCCCUUGACUCGACACCGCCAUUUACUACCAGAGGAACACUUCUUGUGAUAGGUGGCAUCUCGCAAGAUAUUAAACAAUUCAUCGAGACCGUCCAUAGCAGACUAAGAGGUGUCUGGGAUGGGGAAAUCUUCGUAAUUAGGUCACUGACCGAGUUGGAGAGCCGACCCCUUGACCAAGUGGAAGCUGUGCUUAGUCUGACCGAGUUAGAUCAGUCAGUGCUGGAAACUCUCGGUCGUGAUACCUUUCGAGGCCUACAUCAGCUAUUAACCAAGUCCAAGAUGGCCCUGUGGGUCACUUAUAGCGCUGGAAAUCUAAACCCGCACCAGAGCGGUACAAUUGGACUUGUGCGAGCCGUCCAAGCUGAAAAACCGGAGAAGGAUUUGCAGCUCCUCGAUUUGGACCAGAUUGAUGGCAACCAGACUCUUGUCGCGGAGAGUUUCCUUCGGUUCAUCGGGGGCGUUAGAAUGAGAGAUGAUAGCUCAAAUAGGUUGUGGACUGUCGAACCCGAGCUGUCCGUUCAACGGGGGAGACUUCUCAUCCCGAGGGUGCUUUUCGACAAGAAGCGCAACGAUCGUCUCAACUGUUCGAGGCGGAGAGUGAAGGCAACAGAUCCCUUUGAGAAGGAGUCUGGAACCCUUGUUCGUCCCAUUGAUCCUUCAGAUCUUUUCUCACCGAACAAGACGUAUGUUCUCAUCGGUCUUAGCGGGCAAAUGGGCCAGUCUAUCACCAGAUGGAUAGUACAGAGUGGUGGGCGCCACAUUGUGAUCACGAGCCGGAAUCCCAACAAGGACGAACUCUGGACAAAAGAGCUAGAAAAUCAAGGCGCCAAUGUUGUGAUCAAGGCAGCAGAUGUUACAAAGAAGCAAGACAUGAUCAACCUGCGCAACCACAUUCUGAGCACUAUGCCCCCCAUCGGGGGCGUGGCCAACGGUGCAAUGCUUCAGUCCAAUUGUUUCUUCGCGGAUCUGACGUACGACACCCUCCAGGAAGUCCUGAAGCCCAAGAUGGACGGGUCUCUGGUCCUCGAUGAGGUCUUCUCUAGUGAGGAUCUUGACUUUUUUCUCUUGUUCUCGUCCAUCUCGGCUGUGGUUGGGCAGCCAUUCCAAGCCAACUAUGAUGCUGCUAACAAUUUUAUGACCGGUUUGGUGUCCCAGAGACGAGCUCGCAACCUGCCUGCCUCGGUUAUCAACCUUGGCCCAAUCAUAGGGCUCGGAUUCAUUCAAAAUAUAGAUAGCAGUGGAGGUUCGGAGGCUGUGAUUUCUACGUUGAGAGGUCUGGAUUACAUGCUUGUCUCCGAGCGUGAGCUCCAUCACAUAUUGGCCGAAGCAAUCCUCAGUGGAAACAGCGAUGAGACUCCGGAGAUUAUUACCGGGCUAGAAACCGUCUCUGACAAUUCCCCACCUUUCUGGCACAAGAGCUUGCUCUUUUCACAUAUUAUAUAG